AUGGAAUGUGCUGAUGGAGUAUUCUCCAAAUUUAUGUAAACAGAAGAUUUUUAAGAAUUGGAUUUUGAUUAAAAAAACUUUAUAUUCUUUAAGUAAAUAAUAUGAUUAUAUUUAGAUGGGAAAAGGUGUUGAUUAACUUCAUGAUUUAGGAUUAUUUCAUAGAGAUUUGA